UAUAUUUUGAGAAACGUGUUUCAUGAAAUGCAUUAUCUAAACGCAUACCUUGAUUUUCAUUGAAACUUCUCUGAUAAUAAAAAUUAAUGGGUACUUUUUAGUUUCACUUACUUUGAAUUUUGAAUGAUAAGCUGAAAAGAGUGAGUUUUUUUUUUUUUUUGGGAAGAGACCAAUUCCACUUCUGAGAUUUUUCAGGGUAAUUCUUUAUUUGAUUUUGGUGAUUGUAAAACUUGGGUCUCGUUUUAUAGUCUUUCCAUUCUGUAUUGAUCUUCCACUUAAGGCUAAUCACUCUCGACUUUGAAUAGUUGGGUUCUGAUUGGCAUGUGGGUUUUUUUUUUUUUUUCUUUCUCUCUAAGUUGUCAGAUUAUACUGAGAGAAAUGUGUCUGAUGAGAUGAACAACAUUGGUAGUAUAGCGGAAGAAAACUAUUUGGAUAGGUUAAACUGAUAUGAAACAAAGAGGAAAUUAUUGGUAGUGAUAUCUUUUUAAUUUCAAGUUUUGAUGUUUUUCCGGUAAAAUUCUUUCUUUGAUUGAUUUGGGGACCUGGUGAUGUUUUAAGGCACUUGAACUUGUAAACAGAUUGGUUAUGGAUGUUUGUUGAACUGCAACAAGGUGGAUUCUUUAUUAACUUAUAUAGCAAAUGUUAUAUUAGCUUCUCGUUUGGAGGAUUAAUCAGCAUUGUUUUCUUCAUAAGGGGAAAAAUUUAGCUUACAGUUUCAGCCCAUUCUGAUUUCAAAUCCUGGUUCUGCCGCUUGGUUUUAUGGAUUAUGCUUGUACAUAGCUGGUCUUGUUUUGUACUCUUUCCCUUCUGCUUGAUGGCCAGUGUAAGCAUUGAUUUUCUAAUUUUUGUUUCUCAGUAUCUUAAGGCAGCUAGAUGGAAAUGGCAAGUGAUUUUCGGCAUUGGGAUGAAUUAAUACCUGAGGCAUUGAGUCUGAUAUUCAACAGCCUUUCUUUUAAGGAGAAGCUAACAGUGAUUCCAAUGGUUUGCAAACCAUGGAGCAAGGCAGUUAUGGGGUCUGACUGCUGGCAAGAGAUAGACAUUGAGGAAUGGAGUAAUGAAUGCCAGCCGCAACACCUUGAUCGCAUGAUUCAAAUGCUGGUUGCAAGAAGUUGUGGAUCAAUGAGAAAGCUGUGUGUUUCCGAACUCCAAAACGACAUGAUUUUCUCCUUCAUUGCUGAACAUGCUAAUACCCUUCAGACCUUGAGACUGCGAAGAAGUGAAAUGAGUGAUUCAGUGGUAGAACAGACAAUUGGAAGGUUUUCUAAUAUCACCUUCUUGGAUCUUAGCUACUGUGGUAAAAUUGGUAGUCGUGCUCUAAAGGCCAUCGGAAUGAACUGUAAAUUGCUCAUGGGACUGUGCCGGAACAUACAUCCAUCGUACUCUGCAGGCAUCCAUAUGAAUGAUGAGGCUGAUGCCAUUGCCACCACAAUGCCUAGACUGAAGCACCUUGAGAUGGCAUACCAUAUCAUCAACACACAAGGGGCUCUUCAAAUACUCGAAAGCUGCCCUGAUCUUGAAUUUUUGGAUUUAAGAGGGUGUUGGGAUGUUCAGCUUGAUGAUAAGUUCUUGGGGGAGAAGUUCCCAAAAUUGAAGGUUCUAGGGCCUCCUGCGGACUACUACAAUGAUGAGGACUUGGAAUGUUGCAUGGAUAACUCAGAUGCUUCUUCUGACGGUUCCCCUUCGAAUAUGAGGAUCUAUCUGAGGAAUAUCUGUCCGACGAGUAUUAGUCUGACAGAUAACUAAUCUGAUCAAAUUCUUUCUGAGUAUUAAGUCCUUUGUAGAACUUGAUGAUUGGCCCCUUAUUCACUGGCCAACGCUCUAUAUUUAGCCUUUCUUUUAACAUUUGCAUCACCCUUUUUUCUAUUUAGUCCAUGUGAAUCUUUGCACUUUUAUUUUUUUGAUUGCUAUGUGAAUCUUUGCACUUGAUAUUUAAUAUCAGGUAUUCUU